AUGUUAUUGGAAAACGCAACCGAAUAUCCAGCUCCCCAAAGUGCUCAGCACGGUGCCCCUCAGGCCGGUAUUCCGCAAAGUACACCAAGUCCGUUUCCAACAGGCGGAGUUGGUGGAGUGCGAAGAACAUUAUCCGGAUGGAGGGAAUGGAGGAGAGCAGAUCCUACAUUAAUCAACAGUCUUUGGAGAAGCAAAAUGGGCAAUGGUAUCAGAAAGCAGCUAGGAAAUGCAGAAGUAUACAUUAUGUUGGCUCUUCUGAUUGGGUUAGCUACAGUAGUGAUUGGCUGCUGGUUAUCAGACAAUUGCUGGUCGCCCGAGCCUGAAGGUCAAGUAAUAACGGUCGCUUGA